GUUUCAGAUUUCCUCCACGUUGGCCGCACAUGCGCGGAUAGGCUUACCACCUGCAGAAAAUUGGAAGCGAACAAGGAAGUCUGCCCCUGAGUACUGGAUGAUAGGCUGGAUAAAAACAAAAAACCUCUCCGCCGGAAAGUAGACACCCGGUCACCAGUUGCUUCGUAUAUCAGCGUGACAAGAUGUUUAAAAAACUCAAGCAGAAGAUAAACGAGGAGCAGUCUCCGCAGAGGAAUGCGCAGUCACCUCAGCAGGCCCAGAUCAGCAGUGGAGAGCGACGUAGCAGCCAAACUCCCCCAUUUAGUGAUGGCACACCUUCUCCCAGUGACAGAGAGGUGCUGGCCGGGAUGAUAGCAGAGCCUGCUUUUCUCUCUGAGUAUACUAUCUUUGCUCUGGACCAUUCAAAACGACCCCAAACGGCCCAGGUAGCCAGUGUGAGUGCCUCUAAAGGUGCAUUGAGGUCUCCCAGAGGCAGCAUCAAUGGGGAUGGAAGUGCUUCUCCUCAUAAAGAGGAGCCACAGUCAUUUGCCCAGAAACUACAGCUGAAAGUGCCCUCAAUGGAGUCGUUGAUUCGUAGCGGAGCCAGUCGGGCGGAAAAUCUGUUUCGCUCUCCAUCUAAAGACAACCUGGUCCGAACUUCAUCACGCGAGUCCCUGACUCCUUUGGGAGAAAACGAGUCCCCCAGUGCCCCGGCAUAUGAUCCACCCUCGGACAUUGAGAGUGAGGCCGAGGAGCCACCAGGAAGUGUGGAGUCUCUGUCCAAAGAGCAGUUGUUGCACCGAAUGCUUAGAGUAGAAAGGAGCCUGGGGAAGUACAGGGGGAAGUAUUCGGAGCUGGUUACUGCGUACCGUACCGUACAGCGAGAAAAAGAAAAAACGCAGGCCAUCCUCAGUCAGAGUCAAGAUAAAGCACUGCGCAGGAUAGGGGAACUACGGGAGGAGCUUCAGAUGGACCAACAGGCCAAGAAACACCUGCAAGAUGAGUUUGAUGCUGCGCUAGAGGAGAAAGACCAGAUGAUCACUGUGCUACAAACACAGGUUGCUCUGUUGAAGAAACGGAUCCAAGUGGGCCCCGAUGGCUCGCUGCCGCCUGAAGGAGAGGUUCGUCAGUCUGAAGCUGCUGAAGUCUCUGCUUCUCCCACACAGAGUCCUUUGAAGGAGCACGAAGUAGAGCCUGAAGUCAUUGAGGGAGAGGGCAACAGUGAUCCAACUAAACUCAUGGAGGCUCUGCAGAAGAGAGUGAAGAGGCAAGAAAACUUGCUGCAGAAGUGCAAAGAAGUUAUGCGUACGCACAAGGAGCGAAGUGCCCAGCUUAGCAGUGAGAAUGAAACUCUGCAGGAGCAGCUGCAGGAGCGACUGCAGGAGUUGGAGAAGAUGAAGGAACUACACACAACAGAGAAGACUAAGCUGAUCACUCAGCUGCGUGAUGCCAAGAAUCUUAUUGAACAGCUGGAGCAGGACAAGGGAAUGGUCAUUGCUGAGACCAAACGGCAGAUGCAUGAGACGCUGGAAAUGAAAGAAGAGGAGAUUGCACAGCUGCGCUCCAGGCUCCAGCAAGCUAUAGCCCAGAAAGAAGUAGUACAGGAACAGAAAGAAAAGGCUGAGAAAUCAGCUUUUGAGGAACUUGAACGAGCACUGGGUGUAGCACAGAGGGCGGAGGAGGCUCGAAAACAGCUGCAGGUUCAGCUGGAGGAGCAAGUGAAAGAAAUCGAACAGGCCAGUGAGGAAGAGAGGAAGAGUCUGCAGCAGGAACUCACACGAGUCAAACAGGAGGUUGUCACCAUCAUGAAGAAAUCAUCAGAGGAAACUGUGGCCAACAUGGAAAAGCUCCACAGUGAAGCUUUGGCAGCUAAAGAAGAAGAGAUGAAAGAGAAAAUCAGCAAAGCUGUGGAGCAGUGCAAAGAGGAGUUUGCACAGCUGGCUAAGGAACAGGAACAGCAGGCCGCUCUGGCUCUGGAGGACGCAGAGUUACAGAAGACGGCUUUAAGGACAGAAGCUGAUAAUAAGGUUAAGGAGAUCCAGCUGGAGUUUGAAGCUGCAAGGACUCGGAUAUUGGAACUGGAGAGCUCUGUGAACAAGAUCUCACAAGAAGAAGCGGGUCUCUCCCAUGAACUUUCAAGUCAGCUGGAGGAACUGAAGAAUAAACACAAAGAGCAAAUCUCUGCAUUAGAGGAAAAGCACCACGAGCAGCUGGAAAAGCACAAGGGCACCCUAACCCAGCAGCAUAAUGCUGCCCUUGAGGAGCUCAAGGAAAGACACGGGGCCGAAAUGGAAACCCUUCUGAAAGACAAGGAGCUGCAGUUCCAAGCGCAUGUCGAAGAGAUGAAUCAGAAAACUCUAGAGAAGCUGGAUGCAAAGCAGGCAGAGUUAGAGGCGCUCUCUGCUGAGCUUUCAGAGGUGCUGAAAAGUAAACAGCUUUUGGAGGAGAAGCUGUCGGCUGCUGAAGAUGCUCAUAGUUUAGCGCUACAGGAACACGAGAUGAGGUUUCAAGAUCAGGUGUCAAAGCACAGCGAAGAGCUUGAAAAUGUCAGACGUGAGCAUGAUCAGUCGCUUGGCGGAAUAGAGAAAACUCUGAAGGAGGAACUUAAUGCAUUGAAAAUUGUUCUGAAUGAAAAGGACAAGGAAAUUGAACAGUACGUGCUUAAAGAAAAAACACUACAGGAGGAAUCACAUUCCACUGCACAAGACCUAGAAGGCAAGAUUAAAGAAUUGGAAGCGCUGCAGAAAACUUUAUCAGAAUCCCAGCUGGAAAUUGAGAGUUUAAAGGAAUCUAAUGCACAGUUAAAUAAGAUAACAGAAGAUCUUGAUAAGUGCAAAAAAGAACUGACAGAUCUGGAGCACCAUUUGGAAGCUGCAAAGAAUGAAUGCCAACAAAAAGAGAAAUCCCUUCAAGAAACUGAACAUCAGUUAGAAGAGAGCAGGAAGGAGCUCUUGGAGAAAGAGAAGUCAUUUACAUCAGAACUGAACACUAAGCUGGAAGAACAAACACGCCUCAAGAAACAGCUGGAUGACGAAAAAGCUGCCCAUGAAGCAAAGCUGAAAAACACUAUAACUGAUAUGGAAGGUAAACUGAAAUCACAGGAAACCAAAAUGGAAAAUAUCAAACAGAAGGCAAAAGAAAUGCAAGAGAAACUUAAGAAAAAGCUUCAGCAGAAUGAAGAAAACAUGAAGAAGGAGCUUGCAAAGAAGGAAGAGGAGCUUCAGCAGAAAGAACAACAAGUUCAGGAGAAAAUCUUAGAGAUGGCCCAGAAAAGUUCCCAAGGCCUCAGCAAUACAGUGUCAGAGCUGCAGGUUAACCAUAAGGAGGAAGUGGAGAAACUACAUGCCACUCAUAAGCAUGAGAUUGAAGAGCUGGAGCGCCGUUGGCAGGAGCGGUUAGGACAGCAGGAGGAAGAAUUAAUGGAGAAACAUUCAGUCAUACUGCAGGAGAAGGUCCAGGAGCUGGAAGAAGUGUCUCAACAGCUUAGCAGAAGCAGAGCGGAGAAUGAGCAAGUAAUGGGUGAAAUAAGGGGUUUAAAGGAGGACCUGGUGAUCCGAGAAACCACUGUGCAGAAGCUGCAAGAAGAGCUUAAUGAAGCAGCGCUUAAACUUGAAAGUUUGGCAAAGAGUGAAGCGUUGCUAAAAGAACAAAUGGAGCCAGUGGAGAGGAACCUUAACCAGGCGCUCGGUGAGAGAAAUGCCCUCCAAGACAAGCUGAACGCAACGGAGGAAGAGAGCAGAGAGAAGCUGAAGGCUUGGUCAGAUAAGUUGAAUGAAGCGGAAAAACAGCUUGAAGCGUUGGAAGGUGCCAGAUGUAAGGAAAGUGCAGACUUGCAGAGUAAAUUUGAGGAAACUUCCAUCCAACUGAAUGCCAAGGAAGCAGAGUUACAGCAGCAAAUGAUUAAGAUGAGCAACCAAAUGAGCCAUUACUGUAAGGAGGUUCAGUCGAAAGUUGAGUGUGGAUCUAAUGAACUUCAGCAAAAAGUGGAGAGUAGGUUGAAAGAGCUGGAAGAUAAACUGCUCUCUGGUCAGAAAAAGGUGGGACAUCUCAAAAACAUUAUCCUUACUAAAGCAGAUCAAAUUUGCACUUUAGAGGAGAGUGUUCGCCAGCAAACCGAGGAGAAUAAAAAUCUAUGCAUUUCAUUAGAACAGAUGACUGCUCAGGUAAAUGCUCAUAUGGAGCACAUCAAAGCCUUAACACAUGAGGGAGAGACUCAUUCUCACUCCAUUAGUGAACAUGUACAGAAGAUUGAGGAGCUCAGCCAAGCAAACAGAGUCAUAUCAGAAACUUUGAAAGCAAAUGAGCUGCAUAUCAGUAGCUUGGAAAGCGUCGUCGGUGACUUGAAAAAUCAGCUAGCAAGUAACAUAAAAGAGAAGGAGGAAGCCAUAAAUCAGCUGAAGCAGCAGUAUGAAGAGGAGAGGCAAAAGGCUGCUGCUCAAAUGGAGAGACUGGAUCAGGAGAGACAGUCUGCUUUAGAGCAGGCGGAUACACUCAGGACCAGUCUGUCUGCGUUAGAGAUGAAAUUCACACAGAGCGACAACACUACUGGAUCUCUGCAGGCCCGGCUUGAAGAGCUGGAGCGAGAGAUCGCUGAAAAGAAUGAAGCUCUGCAGCGGCUGACAGCAACAAUUGACAAUCAGUCCGUCAGCAAGUCUGAGAUGGACCAGCUGUUGAGUGAGAAGGAGCAAAAAGUCAGUGGGCUUACUGUAGAGCUUGAGAGCUCCAUCAGUCGACUUAGUGAGCUUCAAGAGCAGUUAGACCUAAAGACGAAAGAGUGCGAACAGCUCACUUCUGACCUCAAACAGCAACACAGCAUCAGGGAGAAUGAGAAGUGCGAGUUGGUAGAACAGCUGCAGAUGCAGUGCACCCAGAAAGGUAAUUUAGAGCAAGAGAUGGCCGAAAAACUUCAGGCCCUCGAGGAAAGCAACCAGCAGUAUAAACAAAAGCUUGAAAGUCAAAGGGAGGAAUUUGAAAGGUUGAAAAACGAGAUUAUCAAGAGCAAGGACGAGAGUCUGAAGGAAACUGAGGAGAAGCUGAAGGAAACUGAGGAGAGGCUGUCUGAGAGCACUCGGAAAGUGUCUGAGCUGAAAAAGAAAGCUGAGCAGCGAAUCAGCCAGCUUAAAAAACAGCUAACGGAAAAAGAGCAGACGAUUACAACUCUUCAGACUAGCCUGGAUGAACUUAAGAGCAAUGAAACUUCUGUGCAAAAACACAUAGAAACAUUAGAAGAGAAAACAAAAUCGCUGGAGGAUACUCUCGUCAAGCUCAAGGAAGAGCAGGCCAAACACCUUGAACAAGUUCUGCAUAACGAGAGGCUUGAGAAAGAAAAGUCUUUAGAGGAGUUGAAAGUAAUGUAUGAAGACAAGCUGACCUCGCUUCAGAGUGACGCAGUGCAACAGGGGCAGCUCAAAGACACUGAAUCAGCAUUACACGAAAUCGAGGCAAAGCUAAAAGAAGCAGAGGAGCAGAACGGAAACCUUCUCGCAGAAAUAAAUCGCCUGAGAGGAGAAAUUAGCGAGAAGGAUGCCCAAUUGGAGCAACAUCAGGCGACUGCUAGGGAGGUCCAGAAUCCAUCAGAAACUGAGGUAAAGGUGGAAUGCAGCAGCAUGCAGCAAACCAAGAGUGUGAUGGAAAACGAGCUGGAAAACCAUUCUCCUGCUCAAGAGGUGGACGAUGAGGACUCUUUACAGUCUCUGAAGAACAAACUGAGCCUGGUGAAGAACGAGAAGGAGAAAAUCCACAAGGACUUCGUCAGGCUGCAGAAAGAUAUGCGGUCACUGAGGAAGGAGCAUGAACACGACCUAGAAUACCUGAAGAAGGAGCUUUUGGAGGAGAAUGAGAAAAAGCUAAAGCUGGAGUUAGAAGAUUUGGAAAUGAAGCACAACUCUGCGAUGAAGCAGAUAAUGAGGGAGUUCAAUGCACAGAUGUCUUUGAAAGAGAAGGAGCUCAACACAGCAGUGAGGGAGGCCAUCGCAAAAGCUCAGAGUGUUGAAGAAGAGCUCAUCAGUAGCCAUCGUGAAGAAACCAGCCAGCUGAGGAAGGUGAUUUCCCAGAAAGAGGAUGACUUGCACAAAACUGUUCAGAAAUAUGAACAGGUUAUACAGAGUCGAGAAGAGGAGAUGGGAGACAGAGUGUGGCAAGUUCAGAAACAACUGGAGGAGUUGCGAGGAAGAACGCAGGACACUUCUGAGGAACAAAUGACCCCAGAAGAACUAAAGGCUCAGCUUGCUGAAAAAACGACGUUGCUGAGUGAGGCUCGACUGAGAGAGCAGCAGUUUGUUGAAAAAAUUCACUCGCUCGAGGACAAGAUUAAAUGUUUCCACCGAAACACUGUUGUAACUCAUCUCGGGAGCACAUUUAAAGAUCCUGGACUCAACAUUUCCGACGCCUUCUCAGAACCCACAGAGAUGGAGUACCUGAGGAAGGUGCUGUUUGAAUACAUGAUGGGACGGGAAACAAAAACAAUGGCCAAAGUGAUUACCUCCAUGCUCAAGUUUCCUCCAGACCAAGCUCAAAAAGUUUUGGACAAAGAAGACUCGAAACCAAUUCCUUGGUUACGAUGAGUGUUUGAAUGAUUCGGGUACUUCUGGAUCUGCUGCUGCUACUGCUGCUGAAGGGGGAAGACUGCCAUUAUCUGUUUGCAUUUCUUGUCAUUUUAUUCAUGUGUGUGUUUGAGAAAGAGAAAACGUGUGUAUGCAGUAUGUGUGAAUGCUGAACAGGUAUGAGGGAAUAAGAGAAUUUGACAGAAACACCUUUUUUCUUCCAUAAACCGUGUUUUUCUUUGAAGUUAAGUUUAAUUUAUAAGUUUUAGAUGAGAGUAAAUGGGUUUCCUUUUAUUUUAGAAUGUGUUUAUAAAGAUUGGCUUGUGCAAUAAAUGAUAUCAUCAUCAUCACAUGGAUGCCGACGGUCAGUUGAUUUGUAGAUCUCUGUGUUGUGCUGUUGUCUGAAUCACUUCCUCUGUAAAACUGUAAACGACCCUUUAACUGUGCACUCGCACCACAUUAAGAUACAGGCCUCUGGACCUCUUUAACACAGCUUUUCUAUGCUUUAUAUUUUGACACUGAUAGAAACAAAACUGUAAAUUGUAUUAUGAUAAUUAAAACUGUACUAUAAGGCACUAUAUGACUUGCUAUACAGUUUUCUUUUUCAGAGUAACAUUAAAUCCUAUUUACAGAACAA